CAUCUUGCGUGGCCGACCGGCAGGGUAGCAAGCGCAAGUGGAAGUGGCGGCGAGCCGGGACAUGGCCCUCUUCCCGGCUUUUGCCGGUGCAGCCGAGCUGGGAGAGAACCCAGCCAGCAGCAGCGAAGGCUCCCGGAGAGAAUUGGACUGGCUUAGUAACCCAAGCUUCUCAACAGAAGAUGCACUAUUACUGCAUCAGCGCACUACAGAAACUGCAAAACUCACCCCUGAAAAAUCACCACUAAUAAGCAGGAAUACUUCAAGAUCAGAUCUGUCAGGGGAAAGUGAUACAGAUGAGACUCUAAACAAGACAAGUAAGAGAAGAAAAAAGAAAAAGAAAAAGCAUCAUCAACAUAGGAAAACAAAAAGGAAAACCAGAGGGGAUUCCAGUAGCAGUGAAUCAGACCUUGACUCUAAGUGCAUCAAGGACAAAGUCACAGGACGUGGCAGAAAUCGUGAAAAAGAAGCAGCAGUAAAUCUAGAUGAUAAAACAUCAAAUCUUACUAGCAAUCGCUUUAUUUGGCUUGAUGAUAUCCAGGCUUUCACAGCAGAAACGUUCAGAAUAGACAAGAAAUCAGAUCCUGCAAACUGGGCCUACAAAUCUCUGUAUCGAGGGGACAUAGCAAGAUAUAAAAGGAAAGGAGAGUCCUGUCUUGGCAUAGAUGUGAAGAAACAGUGUAUAACUUGGACCAGUUCUGCGUCAGAAAAGAAGCGAUCACAGAGGCAACCUGAGCGCUAUUUUACAAAGAACAAUGUGAAGAUGCUGAACACAGAUGGGAUUCCUGUUUACAAUUCCUGUUCUCCAUCUGACCCCGCUGCCUAUAUACCAGUUUCCCAAAUAGAAACUGACGAUCCUCCUGACACAACAGAAGUAAAUCCUCUUGGGGUUUAUGAUCCCUCUACUACAAUGUGGCUGCAAGGAAAAGGGUGCAAGGGUACAGACCUUGAGCCUGUGAAGGAGCAGGUGUUCCAAGAGCCUGGGCUAAAUACUAACUCCAUUCUAAUGUCAAAAGUGGAAGAGCAUAACAAGAAGGUCAGAGAAAACCCAAGAGAUAUUCAUGCUUGGAUGGAGUUUGUUUCCUUUCAGGAUGAAUUAAUGAGAGGACCUAGCCCUUAUGUGAGUAAGGGAGAACAGGAAGUAAGAAGAAAAUCACUGAAGUUAAUCUUGGAAAAGAAACUAGCUAUUUUAGAGAGGGCUAUUGAAAGCAAUCCAAGUAAUGUUGAUCUGAAACUCGCCAGGCUGAAGCUUUGCACCGAGUUCUGGGAACCACCAGCUUUGAUCAAAGAAUGGCAGAAGCUAAUUUUCUUACAUCCCAAUAAUCCAGACCUGUGGAAGAAGUAUCUCCUGUUCUGUCAAAGUCAGUUCAGUACCUUUUCUGUUUCAAAAAUCAAUAGUCUCUAUGGAAAAUGUUUGACUACAUUGGCAGCUGUACGUGAUGGUAGUAUGGUAUCACAUCCACUGCUGCCUGGCACAGAAGAAGCUAUGUUAGCGAUAUUUCUUCAGCAGUGCCAUUUUCUGAGACAGGCUGGCCAUUCUGAGAAAGCAGUGUCUUUGUUUCAGGCUCUGAUUGACUUCACCUUCUUUAAACCUGACAGUGUAAAAGAUCUGUCAACAAGGGGACAGGUGGAAUUCUUUGAACCAUUUUGGGAUAGUGGAGAACCUCGAAUUGGAGAGAAAGGAGCAAGAGGCUGGAGCGCAUGGAUUCAUCAACAAGAAAAGGGUGGCUGGAUAGCUGUAACCAAACCUGAUGAUGAUGAUGAAGAUCUAGAUGAGGAUCAAGAAAUAAAGAAUAAAACUCUACCAAAAUGGCAAAUUUGGCUGGAUAUUGAAUAUUCUCGUGAAGCAAGACAGUGGUUACCUUGGAGGCCAGACAAAACCAAAAAGCAGACUGAAGAAGACUGUGAAGAUCCAGAAAGACAGGUAUUAUUUGAUGAUCUUGGACCAUCUUUAAUCCAGCUUUCUAAUCCAGAUCUUCAGCGUCAACUACUAUACUCGUUUUUGCAAUUCCUGGGAGUACCAUGUACAAGUAGACUCUUUCCUUCAAGCCUCUAUAUUGCCAUGGAUAAAGACAAUAUUUUUGACAGUGUGCUUUCUGAUGAAAAGCCAUUGACUUCUAUUGAUUUGCAACUCUCUGGAUUCAACAGCAUUGGUCAUAUGGAUACAAUGCUGGGAGGGAGACAUCAUGUAGGCCACUAUAAGGAAGGAGAGGAGUUCAUACAGAAUGUUUUUCAUGUUCUAUUCCCACUGUUUUCUGGAAAGGAACAAUCCAGUUUGUCCAUUUGUUGGUUACAGUAUGAAAUAUCUAAGGUAGUUCAAUGUCUCCAAACAAAAAACAAGAAGAAGUUGAAAGUACAAGGGAAGAAAAGUAAAAAAUUGGCCAAGAAUCUCCUUAAAGCACCUGACAACAGAAAUCACCUUUCCCUCUGGAAACUGUAUGCCUACCUAGAAUGGCUUCUUGGUAACAUUGACGAUGCUAGAAAAGUAUUUGAUACAGCUCUUAGCACGGCAGCGACAGGAGGAAUGAAGAAUCCCCAGCUCUGCAGUUUGGGUCUGCUCUAUGCUCAGCUGGAAGUGGAACUGCUGGAAAGUCUAGAAGGAGCUGUCAUGUCACGUGCUGUUCAUAUAUUGACCAAACUGGCUGAAAGUGGACCAUACGUGCCUUACAGUGGACAAAUACUGUCUGUUAAUAUCUUGAAAGCUAGGAAGACAUAUGACCACAUAUUGCAAGAUUAUUUAAGUAAAACCCCAGUUUCUAAUCAGGAUCAGGUCAGUGACUCUAAUCAGCUGGUUAACUUGGUUGGUUGUUAUGCAAUUUUCCAGUAUUUAACUGUUGGGAUUGAUGCUGCAGUAUUAAUAUAUACAGAAGCUUUGGAAAAGCUUGAAGUUCCUGACUCAAAGAAAUGUGAAAAUACUGGAGAGAAUCUUGGCAUUCAAAAUUUCCCUACAGCUCUUGAAGCUAUCACACUGCUGCAUACAAACUUGCUCAGGUUCCACAUGAAAAUUAGUGUUUAUCCUUUGAAUCCUCUGCGAGAGGCACUAACAGAGGCUCUGAAACGGUAUCCUAGCAACCAGUCUCUUUGGAGGUCAUAUAUCCAGAUCCAAAGGAAGUCUCACAAUGCUAGCAAAGCACGAAGAUUUUUUGAUGGUGUCACAAGGUCUACUGACUCUUUAGAGCCAUGGCUGUUUGCAAUCCAAGCAGAGCAGAUGAGAAAAAAACUCAUUGAGAAUGUUCAAAGAAAACAAGUCUGCUUAGAUGACCAAAGUGGACAUUAUUAGCUUAGAAAUUGCUAAAUCUUAGUACCACAGAAAUAAGGAGUAUAACAUAGAGCUACAUUCCAGUUUCUUGCUGAGCUUGCUGCCCUGCUUUACUCCUGGAUCACAGAAUACAGUUGUGGCAGAUUUAUCUGUUUCCAUAGUGAUUACUUGAGAGUUUAAUCUUUAUAUGGAGUUGUUGCUAUGUAGAAGAGGCUGGAAAUUUCCUGAAAUCACAGUGUAGUCUGCGCUCAGCAGAUCUUUUGCUCCUGGGCAAGGAGGAAAAUGUGAGUAGGAAAUGUGAGUAGCAAAGGUAUGUGUUCAUUCUUAAAGUGUAGUCUCUCUAACUCUUGCCUAGCCAUUGCUUGGAGCUACCUGUCUCCUGAUAUGACCUACAUAUCUCUACCUAACCAUGGCAGCUUUGUUCUUUGUGUCUGCAUAUAGCAACAGAGAUUUCUAGAAAAAUGUUACGAAGCUUUAUUAGCUGUAAGCUUACAAUAUUAGCACUUUAUGAAACUAUCAGUGUAUACUUUAAAAUGAUGGUGUGCUGCUCCGAUUACCGCAGUCUGGCAGUAGGCGUGCACAACACGAUAGAUUGUGACAUUCCUGACUUGUCAGUGUAAUGUGGUCCUAGAUUGUAAUAAGAAUGCUGCAGCCACCAAAUGUUAAGGAGGAUUGACACGGAGCAGUUUGUUUUGCUGUUAGUUAUACACUGACACUGUGUUAAGUUUUCAUUAUUGUUUCUAGAAUUUUAUGUAAAAUUCUGAUGGGAUGAUUUUCUCUGCAGCAUUUGGUUCUUUUCCGGUUGUCUUCUGCUAGCAUAGCUUUUCCUGUAGAUUAUAUUUGUACUGGCAUGGGUCGAAUAUUGCAAGAGCUGAGAACUACACUGCUGCAAAAGAAAGAUAAAUUGCUUGUCAGUCAUGCAUAAAGAUAAUGUUUUAUAAUGUGACAAGCUAAGAAAAUGUCUGUAAUAUGUGUGACUUUUUACUGUUUUCUAUUUUUACUUGUUUCAGUGCAUGGAAUUAGUUUUAAGACAUAAACAUAAAAGGUAAAACAGUAGUAUAUAAAAAACAAUGUGAGGUACAGUGCUUUAAAUGCCUGAUUUCAUGCAGACUAGAUUACAUCAUUUUUCCUCAUGGUCUAAGGUUGGGAUGAGAGAAAACACAACCUCAAAGGCCCUUGGGGGGAAAAAAAAAAGGCAAGUUAGGACAAAGUGUCAAGUGUGAUUGGAACAAGCUGUCAGGCUAGGAGAAUGCAUGCAGACAGAGGUGAUACUGCCAUGAGCACUGCAGGCUGUUUCUUCUGACUCAAGCAUCAAAAUUAAGCUAGUCUGCUUCAGUUGUAGACAGAAAGCAAUGCUUUGGUAAAAAAUAUGCACUUAAGAUCCUCCUUUUGUAUUGUGCAUGGAACCUGUGCGAUUUAUAUUACUGGAUGAAAAAGAAAAUGGCUCUCUAUUGUAAUCACAGUUGAGAUCUAGAGCUGAAAUUUAGGCCUUUAUCCAGGACCUACAUAGUGUGGAAUACUUUGCCAUGCAAAGGUGCCAAGGAUAAAUUUGAACAGGCUUGCUUGGGCACCAGAAGGAGGCUUGCUGAACUAGACAAGAAUUUUGUCUGGGUGGCUGUGCCGAGCUUUUCAUGAUACACCACCUUGGAUGAAGACCGAGAUAAGUGUUUUCAGAUUAUAUGAUAAUGGGUUAUUAUAAUCAAAGAGAAAUAAUCUUCUCCAGUUGGACAGCAUUGAUUUUUCAACAUACUGAAAGUAAUUUUCACAAAAAUAUCAAAUUUGUCUUCUUUUAACUGAUUUUUACUAUUUAGAGGACUUGACUAAGUUUGUGGGUGCAACAAAUCCAUUUUAUAACAUUCUGAGUUUGUAGUAUGGGGCUGAGUGCACAUAGCACUGUGUGAAUAGUGACUGUACUCAAUCUUCACCCACUUUCAUCUGGAUGUGGUACUUUAGCUCAUGUUUAAGAGUUUUUGUUGUUGUUGUUUUUGUUUUGUUUUCU